AUGGCUGACCAGAUCCUCAAACCGCACUGGUCACGCUUCCUUGGCCCCAAUCCUCCAGACCCCCACAAGGACAGAUACAAAGCUCAUGACAGACCACUGUUCUCGAGUCCGUUCGGCCCAUUCCCGCCUUCGCCAGAUGAUCUGAAUAUCCAUGAGCUCUGUUUCCCUCCCAACAACCAACUCCCAGAAGACUACCCACUCAUCAUCAAUGCCGUCACGGAGGAGAUCGUCACCCUACACCAGUUCUACGAGCGUACAUGCGCUUUGGCACGAGCUUUCAGACACGAUGGACCGAACCCGCUCAACCUUGGUGAGAGUCCCAUCAACGAUAAAGAGGACGGUGAAAUCCUGGGCCUCUUUUCCAGAAACCAUAUUCAUUACCCCAUGGUUGUGCACGCGUGUUGGCGGUCUGAGCUGGUGUUUGGAGGCAUCAGUCCCGCCAGUACGCCGUACGAGCUGUGGUGGGUGCUAAGGAAGAUGCAGAUAACUUCCAUUUUGAUCCAUGAAACACUGCUGCCGGUGUUGAAAGAAGCGGUCAAACUUGGGUCGGGUGAGAAUGACGAUUUACCGCUGAAGUUGAGGCUGGAUAUGAAGAAAAUCAUCGUGUUGAGCGAAAAUCCGCAACUAGACACUGUCUCUCAUCAUCGCACGGUCGAGAGCCUGGUGCGAGAAGGCGCCAGGCUGCCAGAAAAGAAGAGGAAGUUGCGCGGCGGGAACAAGCUCGCAUAUCUCUUCCAAUCCUCGGGAACCUCUGGCCUCCCUAAGGCGAUGAUGAUCACCCACUCGAACGGCUAUCACUCCGGCAUCCAAACCCUCACCACCGCCACCCAGGGCGCGCGCUUCAUGGGCAUCGAGCCCUUCGCUACGCGCUCCAUAACCCUGGGCGUGAUCCCCAUGUACCACUCCUACGGCAUGAUACUCUGGCAUCUGCGCAUAAACCUGGUGCGCAACACGACCAUCCUCCUGCCGAAAUGGGACCUCCGCAUCGCCCUCGAAAGCAUCCAAAAGUACCGCGUCACAGCGCUCCCCCUCGUGCCGCCGCUGAUCCGGCAACUCGCUCAGAGCCCGCUGACCGACGAGUACGAUCUGAGCAGUGUCAUCGGCGCGGUGUCAGGCGCCGCCUAUCUCCCGCCAGACGUCGCGUACCAGCUCGCGAAGAAACUGCCGCAGGGCAAGGACGCUCCGAUUCCGUCCGGCUACGGGCUUAGCGAGGCUGCGUCCAUUGCCUCGCCCGCGCUGCCUGGUAUCUUUGGGCUUGAGACUGCGCCGCCGGGCACGAUUGGGUAUCUCCUGCCGGGCAUGGAGGGCCGCGUUGUCGAUCCUGAGACGCUGCGCGAUGUGAAGAGGGGCGAGAAGGGCGAGCUGUGGGCGCGAGGUAAGGUUGUCACGCCGGGGUAUUUCAAGGACGAGGCGGCGACGGCGGACAUCUUCACUGAGCCGGGGUGGCUGCGAACAGGUGAUCUGGUAAUGAGAGACGAGUUCGAUAGGAUCCAUUACCUGGAUCGCUUGAAGGAGAUGAUCAAGGUCAAGGGUCUGCAGGUCGCAGCUACGGAGGUUGAAGACAUGCUGCUGGAUCAUCCAGAGGGGCUGGUGCGAGAUGCAUGCGUAGCGGGUGUUGACAAUGGGCGAGGAGACGGGAGUCUGUUUGUGCGAGCGUGGGUUGUGCUCACGGAUGCUGGGAAGAAUUUGGCCGAGGCCCAAGUAGUACAAAAGCUGGAUGAGUGGGUGAAGAGCCGACUGAGCAGGCACAAGUGGCUGACGGGGGGGAUUGAAAUUGUUGAUGAGAUUCCGAGAACACCUUCGGGCAAGAUGCUAAGGAGGGAGAUGAGAGAUAGGUAUCACGCGAGAGUGAAAGCGGAGGGGAAAGCAAAGCUGUAG